CUUCCUUGCUGGAAAUGUCGAAUGAGGAACAAGAAUAUUCCGCGGUUUCCUCCCCUGGCUCCAUUUUUGAAUCCCAAGUAGCUUUUGUGAGGUGUGUGACAGCUGGCUUCCAUCGGUGUCACCUAUUCUGACGGCAGGCCCCCUCCGAGAGGACCUCUGCACGCGUCCGGAGCAGGACAUGGAGCCCGUGACCUUUGAAGAUGUGGCUGUGAACUUCACUUCGGGCGAAUGGACUUUAUUGGAUUCUAAUCAAAGGAAGCUCUACAGAGAUGUGAUGAAGGAAAACUUUAUGAACCUGAUCUCCAUAGAGAAAACACAUGAAGAAAAUGUUGAAGAGGACUACCAGAGGCUCAGGAGAAAUCUAGGAACUCAGGUGGUUGAGAAAGAUGGUGAAUAUGAACAUGAUAGUCAGUGUGAAAAAAACCAGCGACAGAUUCCAGAGCCUAUUGUUAGUGAGGCCAUGCCUCCUUCUAUAACAUUAUAUGAAAACAGUAGCAGUUUGUGUAUAAGAAACAUCAUUGGUAAUUUGCCCUCAAAUGUGCACCUCAGUGAUCAAACUGAAGAUAAACUAUUUGAGUAUAAGGAGCCUGUGGAAAAGGCUUUUAAACAUGAAAAAUUUUGGGAAGAUAUGGGUCAAUCUGAGCCAUUUCAGGUACAUGAAUGUUCUAAAGAAAAAUCCUCUGAAUGUCAGCAAUGUAAUACGGCUUGUGGGAGUCUCCAUUGUGAUCAGCAUCAGGAGGGGACUGACACCGGAAACAAGCACGAAGAGAACGUUGUUACAAACUACACACAUGGCCAGAUAGACGAAAGUAUCCAUACUGAAGUAAAACCAUUUGUAUGUAAGCAGUGUGGAGAAGCGUUUGUCAAUUCCAGUCACCUUAUCAGCCAUGAACGAAUUCAUAUUGUGGAGAAGUGUUAUAUUUGCAAACAAUGUGGAAAAACAUUUAGAUAUUUGUCAUGCUUUCAAAAACAUGAAAGAAUUCACAGUGGAGAGAGACCGUAUGCGUGUGAGCAGUGUGGGAAAGGAUUUAUCCAGUUGAAAUACCUUCUCAUGCACCAAAGAAGUCACACUGGAGAAAAUUCUUAUGAAUGCAAACAUUGUGAAAAAGUCUUCACUAUUUCCAGUGCUGAUGAUGUACUUGAAAGAAUUCACUGUGGAGAGAAACCGUAUUCAUGUAAGCAUUGUGGAAAAACUUUCACUAGUCCCAAUGACUAUAAUAGUUGUGAAAGUAUCCACACUGGAGAGAAUCCCUUUGUAUGUAAAAAAUGUGGGAAAGCCUUCAAACGUUUGGGUCAUUUUAUGAAUCAUGAAAGAAUUCACACUGGAGAGAAGCCUUAUGCAUGUAAGCAUUGUGGGAAAGCCUUCACCAGUUCCAGUGACCGUAAUAGCCAUGAAAGAAUACACACUGGAGAGAAACCCUUCAUUUGUAAAACAUGUGGGAAAGCGUUCAGUCGUUCUGAUUAUCUUAUCAAUCAUAGAAGGAUACACACUGGAGAGAAGCCUUAUGCAUGUAAGUAUUGUGGAAAAGCCUUUGCCACAUCCAGUGACAGAAACAGCCAUGAAAGAAUUCACACUGGGGAGAGAUCCUUUCUAUGUAAAAAAUGUGGAAAAGUAUUCAUUCUUUCUGGUGACCUAAUCAAGCAUGAAAGGAUUCACACUGGAGAGAAGCCUUAUGCAUGCAAACAUUGUGGAAAAGCUUUCACUACUUCGAGUGCUCGUAACAGUCACGAAAGAAUUCACACUGGAGAGAAGCCUUAUACAUGUAAACAUUGCACAAAAACUUUUACCACUUCCAGUACCCGUAACAGUCAUGAAAAAACUCACACCGCAGAGAAGCAUUUUGCAUGUGACCUUUGUAGGAAAACCUUCAACAGUCAGAGUUCCUAUUACACUCAUAAAAAAAUUCAUUCUAUGCAAGAGAAACUUUAUGUAUGUAAACACUGUGGAAAAGAAUUCACUUACUGUGGUAAUUUCCUCAAGCAUGAAAGAAUUCACACUAUGGAAACCUUGUCCACGCUGCAGGGAGGCCAGUGGUGGAUUGUCUUGGGCGAUGGCGCCUUCUGCUACUCUGCAGGCCCUUUAGAAAGGACACCUGCUCACGCCCAAAAGCAGGAAAUGGAGCCAGUGACCUUUGAGGACGUGGCUGUGAACUUCACUCUAGGAGAGUGGGCUUUGUUGGAUUCUUAUCAAAAGGAGCUCUACAGAGAUGUGAUGAAGGAAACCUUUAGCAACCUGAUCUCCAUAGGGAAAACAGAGGAAGAAAAUAUUGGAGAGGACUACCAAAGUAUUAGGAGAAAUCUGAGCGCUCAUGUGGUUAAAGGAUUAUAUGAAUCUGAAUGUGAUAUUCAGUGUGGAGAAACCCACCGGCAGAUUCGAGAGCCUGUUGGUAAUGAGGACAUGCCUCCUGGAGUAGCAGUCUGUGACCGAGAGCCUGUUGGUAGUGAGGACAUGCCUCCUGGAGUAGCCGUCUGUGACAACAGUGUGUGCGCAAAUGAUGCCAUUGGUCUUUCACAACCGGAUGUGCAUCGCAGCGAUCCAACUGGAGAGAAACCAUAUGAGUAUCAGGAAGAUAUGGACAAGUCUUUUAAACAUAAGAAAUAUUGGAAAGAAUUUACAUAUUCCGAGUCCUCUCUUACCCUUGAGAAUCCUUCCAGAGAGAAACCCUGUGAAAAUAAACUCUCUAAUGAGCACUGGAGGAGUCUUGCUUCUGCUCAGGAGUCUCAAGCAACGCGUAGUGGAGAUAACGUCCUUGAAUAUAAGCAGUUUGAAGCAGCUCUCAUGGCGUGUAGUUAUGUUCAGUCUUAUGAAAAACUCCAGACUGGAGAAAAGACAUUUGUGUGUAAGCAGUGUGGCGAAGCCUUCAUUAAUUCUAGUCACCUUAUCAAACAUCAUAAAACUCAUACUAAAGAGAAGACUUUUGCAUGUAAGUACUGUAGAAAAGCUUUCAUUCAUCCCAGGGCCUGUUACAAUCAUGAACGAACUCACACUGGAGACAGACCUUAUGUGUGUAAACAGUGUGGGAAAGCAUGUAUUCAUUCUUACCACCUUCUCCAACAUGAAAGGAGUCACACCCGGGAAAAACUUUAUGCAUGUAAGCAGUGUGGGAAAGUGUUUGGACGUUCUUCAUACCUUCGUAAACAUGAGAGAAUUCACACUGGAGAGAAGCCUUAUUUAUGUAAGCAUUGUGGAAAAGCAUUCAGUGAUCCCACAACCCGUAACAAUCAUGAAAGAACUCACACUGGAGAGAAACACUAUGUUUGCAAGCAGUGUGGGAAAGCCUUCAUUCGUUCUUCUCAGCUUCUGAUCCAUGAAAGAAUUCACACCGGAGAGAAACCGUACUCAUGUAAACAUUGUGGGAAAGCUUUCACCUAUUCCAGUGCCUGUUACAUCCAUGAAAGGAUUCACACUGGAGAGAAACCCUAUGUUUGUAAGCAGUGUGGGAAAGCAUUUACGUGUUCCACAUACCUUCACAAACAUGAAAGAAUUCACACUGGAGAGAAACCUUAUUCAUGUAAGCAAUGUGGGAAAGCCUUCAUCCAGCAUAGAGCUUGUUACAAUCAUGAAAGAAUUCACACUGGAGAGAAACCAUAUGUAUGUGUGCAGUGUGGGCAUGCAUUCACUUUUUCAAAAUCCCUUCAAAUUCAUGAAAGAAACCACACUGGAGAGAAGCCAUAUGUGUGUGAACAAUGCGGGAAAGCCUUCACAUGUUCGACAUACCUUCACCAACAUGAAAGAAUUCACAAUGAGAAGAAAUCUAGUGGAUAGAAUUUAUACCAAUGUAAAUCAUGUGAGCGUAUUCAUAGCCAGCUUGCAAGGAAUAAAGGAAGUAUGGAGAGAAAUUGAGAGGAUAUGAGACCAGUAGCUGUAUAAUUUUUUCUUACAUAGCAAGCGUACAUAGGAUACAAUCUGUUGUUGUACCAGGCAUGUUGAUACAUGCCUUUUAUUCCAGCAGUAGGGCAGUGGAGGUUUAGAGCAUGGCAACAUUGAGUAAAGUUUGUUUCAGAUAAGAGUCAUUAAAUUUUCUCCUGUAGAUGAUCAUUGUAUAAGCAAGAAACGUGAAAGGCUGGAAGCAAUAUUUGGUAGAAUAUUACUGAAAACCUGAAAUACACUAAAAAAUUAAAUAUUGUGAUUUUUGUUCCUUUCUUAUGUACGUACAAGACUGCUUGACUUAAUUUAAAAAAAAAACUUUUAAAGUAUGGUUUGGCAAGUAAAAUAACUUUGGCAUUAUUCUACCUGCCUGUUUUCCUCGUGGUUGCAAAGCUGGGGCCCAACAGGAACUUUAACCCACAGUGGAAAGCCACCGGGACGCUGCAAGGAAUAACAAUAACCUCUAUGAAGGAAUAACACUAACACCUGAAUAAAGAAACUAUUUGAGUUUUGGUGAUAAAAUCUGUUUGGUAAAUCAAUUGAAUUUCAAUUUAAUAGCAGUUUUUAAAUCAAGUAAUAAUACAGUUUCCUUUGGUAGAAAGCUGUAUUGGAUUUGUCAAAUUCAGAUGGCAUUUGUAACCAUCCGAGUAUGCUUAAUUUUUAGGCAUAUUUUGAGUUGUCAUGUUUCAUGUGAAGUUGAAAAAAUAUAUUUGUCCAUUGUUAGUAUUUUCUGGCAUGUACUUUUUAAAGCUAUUAUUGUUUGCCAGUUUCCUAAAUUUAGGUGCGUACUUAGAUUUUUUUCUCAGAGUAACAUUUUUACAUAGAUUUUAUAUUUUGUAAUUUUAGUGUAUAUUUUCUUUUAAAGUUUUUGAUGUUUUAUUAUUUAUUUAUGUGUGUGUGUUUGUGAGUGUGCCGUAGUAGAGAUGUGCAGCUCAGUGGACGAUAUUCAAGAUUUUAUUCCCUGCCAGGCUUGCUCAGCAAGCAGUUUUACUCAUUGGGUCUCAUCACCAGCCCCAAUUGCCAUUUUUGAACUGUUCUUUCUUUUAUUUACUGAGACAUUAUCUCUCUACCUAGGUCUGUCUCUCUAGGAACUCACUAUGGAGACCAGGCUGACCUCAAACUCAGACAGACACGCCACACCAUGCUUGAAACUGUGUAUCUUUAAAAGUUAAAACCUAUUGCCAUGUUCAUCAGUUUGAAACUGGUUUUUAAGAUGUAAAAUUUCUUUUAUGCUUAUAUUGUUCAACUUUUAUUAUAAGUGUUUCUUUGCUCAUUGAAACAUAAAAUAUAUUAGGCUGAUGUGUUUCUCUGGACAAAACAUGAACACGACCAUACCAUGUAUCUCAAUAAAAUGUAAUGGAUUUUAGUGAAUCUUUUCAAUUGUGAUUAAUGAUAGUGUUAGUCCUCAUUAGGUGUAAUUUCUAACCUGCUUAAUAAUUGUUUUAAAUGACUUGAAUACACUUUAAUGUAGUUUGCGGUUCCUAUUUAUUAAAAGUACUUUGUGGUUGAAUAUAGUUCUCUCUUUUGUGUUGUAAUAAUGGUCUCACCUGGAAGGUUGUGAUAUAGUGAGAGGAAGUAGUGAUUUAUGAGUACGAGUUAAUCUCACUUUUAAAGGGUGGCAAUUUU